AUGGCUUCAGUUAAUGUUGAGUUGGGGGUCACGCCCGAGACUACUUAUUCAAUUGCUGGGAAACAAAUCAAAUUCAACUCCGAAGCUGAUAUCGAACCAUACCUUAAAGAAUUAAAUACUAUUGAAAAUGUUACCAAGAUUGAUUUCUCGGGAAACACCAUUGGUAUCGAAGCUUCUAAAGCAUUAAGUGAAGCGCUUUUAAACCACAAGGACACUGUUGUUGAAAUCAAUUUUUCGGAUUUGUACACUGGACGUUUAAAGACGGAGAUUCCACAAUCGUUAAACUAUUUAUUGCCUGCUUUAUUGAAGUUCCCCAAUUUGAAAUUGAUCAACUUAAGCGAUAACGCCUUUGGCUUGCAAACUAUUGACCCUAUUGAAGCCUACAUUUCCAAAGCUGUGUCUUUGGAACAUUUGAUUUUGUCAAAUAAUGGAAUGGGUCCAUUUGCUGGUUCAAGAAUCGGUGGCUCGUUGUUCAAAUUGGCCAAAGCUAAAGCAGCAGCUAAAAAGUCGUCGUCAUUAAAGACUUUUAUCUGUGGAAGAAACAGGUUGGAGAAUGGAUCAGUCAAUUAUUUGGUUGUUGGGUUAAGAAACCACAACGAUUUGGAAGUGGUUAGAUUGUACCAAAAUGGUAUAAGACCUGCAGGUAUUUCUAAGCUAGUGGAGAAAGGAUUGAGCCAUAAUAAGAAAUUGAAGGUGUUGGAUUUACAAGACAACACAAUCACCACUUCAGGUGCAAUAAAAUUGGCUGAAUCGAUAUCCAACUGGCCCGAUUUGGUUGAAUUGAAUUUGAAUGAUUCAUUGUUGAAAAAUAAAGGUUCAUUAGAAGUUGUGAGAGCAUUCAGUAAAGACAAGAAGGAAAAUUUGAUGGUUCUCAAGUUGCAAUACAAUGAAUUGGAAAUCGAUAGUUUAGCAGUUUUGGCUGACUUGAUCGGUGAAUGUUUGCCCAACUUGAAGCUUUUAGAGUUGAAUGGUAACAGGUUCGAGGAGGAUUCAAAGCAUAUAGAAAGCAUCAAGGAAGUAUUUGAGAAAAGAGGUUUUGGAGAAAUCGAUGAGUUGGACGAAUUGGAAGAGUUGGACAGUGAUGAAGAGGAAGAAGAAGAGGAGGAAGAAGAAGAAGACUCAUUAGAAGUUGAUCUCGAUUUGGAGGAAUUAGAGAAAGAGCUUGCUGGUGUUAAGCUUGAAGACAAAGACGCGGCAGUGGAUGAUAUUGCUGAUGAGUUGUCAAAGGCUCAUAUUGAGUAG